AUGUUUGUAGGCCUCACGGGUUUUAAGAUCGGCUCCAUCUCGAUGGAGCGAAGGAAGGCAUCGAACGGAUCAGCGGCGGCGUUCAUCUGGGUAGUUCUCCUCCUUGUGCUCCCUCUCCGCCUCUCUGGGCUCGCUCUUACCGUUCACGAAGUGGAGUGCGUUUACGAAUUCGUGCACUUCGAAGGCGAUCUAGUCUCGGGUAACUUUGUCGUCGUCGAUCACAAUAUUUUCUGGGGUUCGGACCACCCAGGCGUAGAUUUAAUUGUUUCUUCUCCACAUGGUGACACUGUUCACACAUCAAAGGGAAAAUCUGGUGACAAAUUUGAGUUUAAGGCUCCUAGCGGUGGAAUGUACAAGUUUUGUUUUCAUAAUCCAACGAAAAUUCCAGAGUCUAUAUCUUUCAACAUCCAUGUUGGCCAUAUUCCUAGCGAGCAACAUCUUGCCAAAAAUGAACAUUUUGAUCCUGUGAAUGUAAAGAUUGCUGAGCUUAGAGAAUCAUUGGAGUCUGUUACCUUAGAACAACGGUACCUGAAAGCUCGUGAUGCCCGCCAUCGCCUAACAAAUGAGAGCACUAGAAGACGCCUAAUUUUUUAUACUGUGGUGGAGUAUCUUCUACUGAUGCUUGCCAGCGUUCUCCAGAUUUGGUACAUUCGCCGAUUGUUCAGCAAAUCUGUUGCUUACAACCGAGUUUAACUUUGAGAUCAUAGCUAUAAUUUUCUGAAUUUUAUGUACCUUAUUAGUUUCUCUUUUCUGAAAUAUAACAUUUAAAAAAUGCUUACUACUGAAUAAUUUUUUGCGUGGAAAUUCGUUAUAGAAUCUGUCUUAAUGGACUUUUCA